AUGGAAGAAGACAUUGGGCCAUUUCAAAUAACUCACUGGCUUCAACCGAAAGCAGUAGCCAUUGGCCAGCAUAUAGAAACACGCGAAAAGGUUCUGAUUCGAACCGAAAACGCUACCCCAAAUCUUGAACAGGAAGCUACAAUCCUGCGAGCACUAUCUGGCGGAAUCGGCUUUCAGACCCUCUACUGGUUUGGAGAAACUCAUAACCAAAAGACAAUCAUAACGAAUACUGUUGGGAUGUCGUUAGAGGAUGCCUUCGAGAAGUCCAACAGAUUCUUUGAUAUGUCUCUAGUGUUGGAGAUUGCAAGCCAACUGAUCUUUCGGUUGGAAUGGAUGCAUUCGCACAAUCUCUUUCACGGAAAAUUGACACCAGACUCAUUUUCUUUGGGUGGCUCUAGAUGGCAAACACCCCAGGUCGUGCUCAAUGGCUUUCAAAAUAUCGAUACAUCCGAAAAUGCAGCAAGGAAGGACCUUGAGGCUGUUGCAGAUAUACUUGUUUAUCUUGCCAUUGGGCCCGCUUCGUGGGAGAGCUUUCAGGCAGAAAAGCCUGAUUUUGUUGAUAUUCCUUCCGCACUCAAGGGGUUUAUCUUGAUACUGUCCGACCAAGAAAUCAAUCCAGCCGACUACCUUAUCCCUCGGGCAUAUUUCCAUGCAGCUCGGCGGAGCCUGGCAGGAAGAACUAUUCUGGGCGGUCUUGGUGACCCACAAGAGCGGCAUUCUUGCCUGAAAUAUCUUGCAAGCAAGGAUACGAACGAGCUGUUUGACACGCUUGGCUCGAAACUUGUGGCAGUUGGUAGCGCUUUCGGCGAUCUUACGUGGGGCGGCGAUGAGACCAAAUAUCUUUUUGAGUCAUUAGAUGAGAUCAUGGCUAUUUAUCUUGUUCUUCUUCUGCGAGAUAAGCCGACCCCAAAGCGUCGGACAUAUCUGAUGGGCGCUUACCAUCUACCCAACCGUUUGUGGAGAGAUUUUCGUUGGUACUUGUGUACUGGAAAACGUGGGGCUGCUUCGAUACAGAUCCUUCUCAAUCUCACAGUCUACAAGUAUAUGGGGGUGCUACUUGAGGUGAUCCCAAGCUACAACAGGUACUGGGCGAAGUUUCUCUCAGAAACAGCCUAUUUCCAAAUGAAGAUAGACUCUGAUUCCUAUCAAUUCUGGAGGAAUGCGUGGAUUUAUUGGAAACACUGUUCGAAUUUUCUCAGCAAGACGUCAAUGUGA